UUUCAGUUAAAGUUUAGUAGUGUUGAAGUACCUACUGGGCGGUACUUCAAUCAGACUAAAUUUACACGCGGAAAUUUUUUUUUGUAGUCGGAAUUUUAUUCGAUGUCGGGAUAGUGACGAUAAGAAUCACGAAAGACUUUUUGGGGUGCUAAAUUUUUAUUGAAAAUAACAUGCUGGAAUGCCUAUUGUCUUCUGACAACGGACGGCGUUUUCUACUGAUGUUAUGUCUUAUAGAACCAGAGGUAGGCCACAAAUGGAGUCAGACUACCAUUGGCUAGUUACAGUUGCCCUUGUGACGUCUUCGAUUAUAGCGGUCACAGCUAACGCCUUUCUGUUGCUGAUCUUCGCUAGGAGAAGGAGUCUCAGAACAAUUCCGAACAGAUUUGUCAUAAAUCUACUGGUCACCAACUUGCUCUCGAGCAUCCUAUUAAUCCCCCUGUUGGUGGUCGACCAAAGUUACUCAACCCAACUGAUCACCAAGCAAAGCUCAACCACGGAAACCAACACUACUACCACCACUACGAUAGAAGAAGACCUACUGACGAAAGAAGAAGUGAUAAGCUCCAAUCAGUCAUUUAAAAUAGUCCAGACUAGCGAGUACAUCAAAACCAGCAUCGUGGACAACAUCAGCAGCGAGAGUGCGGAGCUAUUGUGCUACUUCGCGCAGGCCAGUACCAGUUUAGUUUGUACUGCCUCCAUAUUCAGUAUAUUGCUGAUCGGAAUCAAUCAGUAUUUCGGAGUGAUUCACUCGUUAAGAUAUCACUUUUACGUAAAUAAACUGCGAGCGACUAUAUUCAUCUUUAGCAGUUGGGGUGCCGCUUUGACGUGCGCAAUUUUGAGUACUUUGACAUACUCGGAUGGCAGUCUGUGGCAUUUCUGCGCCAAGAGAGUGGGAGAGAGUCAUGGAACUAAGGCUCUUAAUACCACCUAUGCCUUCAGUUACUUCUUUUUCGUCAUACUUGCGCCAUUUUUGGCCAUAUGUAUUAUUUAUUUAUGCAUAUACACGGCUGCGCACCAGAACAGUGAACGGAUGCGCAAAAGUGCUUCGGCACCAACCAACACACCGUUGGAGGAGGUGAUGGAAGGACCUAGGGAUGAACGGGAGAGAAGAAACCUGCCCAAGGUACAUUCGGCACCUAAUUUUUCAGCGUUACAAGAUAACAGGAAUAAUAUAAGGGUGCCGCAGACCCCUUUACCAUUAAACAGUGCUGUAAAACGAACUAGCAGUGAUCGAAAUAACUUUAUCGUAAACUUAAAACAUAAAAUUUCCAACGCUUCGGUGUUUCGGUAUCGGGAGGAAACGCGAGCGGCAAAAAUUAGCGUUCUAGUGAUAUUUAUGGUGUUAGUAUGUUACGUUCCUUACGGCCUCACGUUGGUCCUGACCUCAGGUUGUAUAAGGGUCAGUCCAGGCCAAAUAUUUAAUUAUCUUAGCUUAGUAUUACUAGUAUUCUCGAACGUGAUAUCGCCAUUUUUAUUUGGCUAUCGGAACAAGCGCAUUAAGCGAGAAAUUGGGCGCAUGCUCGGUCUGGUGCCUAAGCAGACGCAUGCGCCUCCGCGUGCCUACGCGCGUCAAAGCAGCCUAAUUAGAAAUCGUAGUUACGGGGAUAAUCUAGAUGUCGCCUUACCGGAAAACACCGAACCAUUAUUGGAGGGCGGUUUGGUCGUACCGGAGGUGGUAGUAACCUGUAAGGUGGAGACUGAAAGAAAAAGUAUUUUAAAAAGGGUCGGUUCGGGGUGGAACAGCUAUAAAAAGUGUAAUUUUAUUACGGUCCCUGAUAGUUGUCUUAGUGAUGCCCGGGGGUCUUUUUCUAGUGCUAGCACGCAGGUGUCUAACGAUGAGUUUUAAAGAGAAUUGAGCAGGAGGUGAUUUGAAUGCAUAUAUUUCACAAGAAAGUUGUUUGAGGAAACUUGGCUGUGUAAAAUUACUAGGUUUUGAAGAGCUUUUGCUGUGUAGGUCUGUUUUACAACGAAGAGAAUCCCAGGAGUUUUCUUUAAAAAUUUUACCCCCAAAAAGUCUUUUAUUCAGAACGACAAACCGAAGAAAGUAUUACAUAAUGUAAUUCUUAUGACCUACUUGGGAUCUUCUUCAUGGUCUCUCUACAUUUUUACAAAUGACUGUAUUCUUGAUACAGUUUUUUCUAUACUGUGUUCUACUUAAAAAUAUACCAAAGAUUCAUUUUCUGAAAUUGUAAAGACCCUUUUUGAUUCCGUACAUGACAAAAUUGAUUGAUUGAUAGUAUUAAGUAGCUCGUAAGUACAUACAUAUAAGAAUAUUCGCCCAAAAUUCAAGAUGUUUUUGCUUUGAUAGAAAAUAGUCACCGAUCCCAGACACAGAUUCUAUUUUAUAUUAAAACAAGAACAUUAACCAGUUAAAUCACAUUGAUUACAUUAAUUGCGAAUAACAAAAAUGUUUACGACUGCCGUUUAAACGAUAACUUACACAUUAAUUUAUUGUAGAAAUACAAAUUAAGGACUUUUUUUUUUUAGUAAUACAACGCUCUGUAUUAAUUUGUAAUGUUAUUUUUAAUAAAAUGUUUAUUGAAAUUUUCA